AUGUGUAAGGGUAAAUACCACUUCAGAUGUCCUGCCGUGGUGGAGGGGACCAAACUGUGCAAUAAGCCGUGGUCGUACCAGGAGGUGCGCAGACUGGCUGAUUUGUCUGUUGAGGAAAUGCAGCACUUUGAGGAGACCAUGGCUCUCCUGGCUGCUGCGGAGCACUGCAAAAUGCAGCCAUGCCCAAAGUGCAAAACGAAUGUGGAGAGGAAGGAUCUCUCCAACCUGUGUGUCCGCUGCAUCAUAUGCACAGCCGACCAGAAGAAGACCUACCACUUCUGCUGGCAGUGUCAGAGGGAGUGGAAAGGUCCAGGCCCUCGAUCUGACCGCUGCGACAAUGACGGCUGCAUCAACAGGGACCUGCAGCUUCUGCAGACAUGCAAGACCAUCAGUCUGCCCUCAGUGACGGGGGUCACCGCCUGCCCCUCAGUCCGGGCCUGUCCUACAUGCGGCGUGAGGGUGGAACACAGUCAACAAUACUGCAAAAACAUCACCUGCCCUCGCUGCCACGUGGAGUUCUGUUUCGUCUGCCUGAAACUAAAACGUGAAUGUUCAGUGACCAGCUCGCCGUAUAAGAUCUGUCCCAGUGGUGUGGCUCCCAGACAGACAUCUAUCCCUGUGUGGCAGAGAAAGUGAAAAAUGGGCCUGUCUACAUAUGUGUAAAGAUAAACUCUUAACGCUCAUUGAUACGAAUGUGACAGAUAAACAUACUCUCCAAAACAAGUGUAACUUUUUUUUUCUUUUUACAUCUGGCCUACACUGCCUCCCUCUGGCUGGACUUUGAACUGCACCUGAUGUUUUAUCACCACUGAUAAUGUUACUUAU